AUGGCAUUAAAACAACGACGACAAUACUCAGAGAAACAUUUAUUUUCAUAUUUAAUCCGUUAUUUCCAAUAUGCUAAAAGCCGAGCACUUAAUCAAUAUUCCAAUGAUCUAUCUGCAUUUGAACGGCAACGUUUACAUGCUGACAAAUACCGAAAUUUGAAAGAAAGUGAUCACGAUUUCGAUGAAGGUGAAUAUGUGCAUAACAAACGCAAAAGUGAUUUUCUGUUAUCUUUAUAUGGUUUGCCGUAUACCCUUGUCAACAAACGUGCUUUUGAAUAA